GAGUACAUUUUUCUUGUCUUGUAUUUUUUAUUUUCUUUGGUUUCUUCAUGGUAGCGUGAGGUUUUAGCAGGAAGCGUUUUUAUGAGUUAUUUGCAAUGGAAAAUAACUGUGGAAUUAUAGGGUUAAGAGAGGAUGAGAUUGAGCUAGAACUGGGACUAGCAAUAGGAGGAAGCUUUGGAAAAGCCGAGAAACUAAAGCCAAUCAAGAAAGAAUCAAAACCCAGGAAUAACUCGGUUGCAGAUCUCGCGGAAAGCGUGGUUCUUGAUCCGCAAACGAAACGUGAGAUUCAAGCGUUAAGGAGACAAGAAGCCAAGAAAAAGCGAGAAGAGAAGCAGCAGAAGAGACGAACAAUAAUAUCAUCAAGAGGUCAUCAAAACGCUGAGUUCCGUUGCAAAGACAGCGACGUCGAUGCAACAGAAGAAAGAGAAUGCAAGAAGAACAAAGUUGAAGAAUUUUCUGGUAACGUAUCUAAUUUAAGCGCCGAACAAAAUAAUCCGUUGGUGUGCCCGGUUGUUCCGGUGCGGGUCCCCUACCCGCAGGUCCAGUAUGUGCCGCUCGUAAAUGGGUUUGCUUAUCCUUGCGUAAAUGCGAUGCCUUGUUGGGAUGGUGGUGCUGGGAAUGACAAGGGUCUAGUUCAGCCAAUGCCGUGUAAUAGCGGGUGCCCGUUUCAGGCGGGUAAGGAAUCGGGUGUGAAUGCUGGAAAUGGAGACGAUUCGGAGCAGAAUAGUAGCAGAGAUGAAAGGAAUAGGAAAACGCGGUCAAAUGGGUCGCCUAUGUGUAGUUCCUCGGGGGUUUCGGAUCUUCAAAGCUCUUCUAAUCAAGGUGGUUGCAGCAGUGAAACUGGAACCCACACAAGUUGUUGCCAAUUGGAACAACCUCAAAUGAAUUGUUCAGUAGCAAGCAAUCUAAAGGGCCAGUCUGAACAAAGUGCUACCUCUUACCAAAUGGGUUCUACCCAAAGUACUGACAAAUCUACAAAUGGCAUCGACGAGACAGCCUCAUGGAAGGUCACCGGAUCCACUCCAUCUAAUCCAAAGGAAGAACCCAAACCAGAAACCCAACCAAAUCCAAAAAGCAAGCCUGAUUCGACUAAUGAAACUCCAACCACUACUUCAACAAAAGAUACUAAGGGGGACAUGGGCAAACCUCCUAAGCCUCUAACCCCUGAUUAUGAUGGCAUCCUUUCCCUCCGUAACAUGCCUUGCGUUUCAACAACAGGCAAUGGCCCGAAUGGUAAAACCAUUAAUGGUUUUCUGUACAGAUAUACCAAAUCUGAAGUCAGCAUCAUCUGUGUCUGCCAUGGAAGUUCAUUCACGCCGGCUGAGUUUGUGCAGCAUGCUGGGGGUAGUGAUGUAUCACAUCCUCUGAGACACAUUACUGUGAUUCCCUCUGCCUAUUAAUAAUAAAGCAAAGGUAAUUGUUGUGCCCGGUCUUCAUUUUUUUUUGUUUUGCCUUUUUCUGUUUUCUACACAAUGGGAGUUGCAGAAAAAGUUUGAGUAGCCAAGGCUUGAAAUGAUGGUUGUAUACUUUGUACUGAGCUCUUCCUCGGAAACUGAAUGGGGGAGACUCGUUGUAUUCCUUUUCUUGCAAACGGUUUCUGACUGCAGUAAAUGACAAGAAGAUUGUAGGUCGUUUGGUUAA